AUGAAGGGGUUAUUCUCCAGCCGAGAUAACACCAAUAACAAAGCCAAAGAUCAAUAUGUUCUAGGCUCAUCAUCAACUUCCAAAACUAAAACCAACAACAACAAUAACUCCUCUUCGAAUGGAUCAUCCUCUUCAUCCACUUCUUCACGGAGAAAGGGAUCCAAACAACAACAAAUGGAAAUUUCUCGACCUACCAGUUUCAAACUCAUUCAAAGUUUUAAUACCAACGGAGCUGGAAGUGGUAACAACACUCCACUCACGAUAACGUCCUCAACUCUGUUGGAAGGACAAUUAUUACAAAAACAAAUACAAGACUUUGCUUUGGGUGAGAGUGGUGUGGGGAUGGAGAAUAAUAGUGAUCCAUCAUCAUCCAUGAGCAGUAUCAUGACAUCGAGUAGUAGUAGUAGUGGUGGUAGCACUACAGCUACGACAACGAAUGAAAAUGAUGCAUCCUCACUCUCGAUUGUAACACCAAAUAACCGAAUGAAAACAAUGACUCAUCCAAGUCCAACGAUGAACAAUGCUUCGAUGGCUCCAUCACUCACGUCAGUAUUGCUACAACAAGGAGAUCGAGCACAUCAUAAAACGAAAUAUACCACUCUUUCCAUAAGCACGCCACGAGAUAAGUCUCCUGUAAAGUCACCUGAGAUGGAUAUGUCAGCUGACAGUUUGAAAAAGAUUGAUGAAAAUUUUGAAAAUGUUUUGAAAAUGAGAGCUGUCAGACAGUUUGAGAUUGAAUUCAUGAUAAAGAACUGGACUCUGAAACAAAAGCUACUGUUGAUUCAAAUGAAUGAAAAGUUGAAUACCAUGUCGCAUGAUAAUGGUGUGAAUGGUAUGGAUAGACUUCAUUCGGAGCAUUCUUCACUUUCUGACGAAAUUGGAGAAAUAAUAUCUGUGCUAUUUUCAUACUUGCAAGACUAUGAGCAUCUCAUUACCAAUGUUAGCAAUCAUCAAAAGAGAUUACGAAUCGUUUUAGAAGUUUUACGUCACCUUUCCGUGUCACUCCGUACACGUGAAAUUAAUUUCGUCAUUGAAUUUAUCCAACAAGAUGGAAUCCAUGCAAUGAGUUUACUCUUGACAAAGGUCAAUCGACCUUACAAGCUGAAUCUAGGUAAUGACAAGCAGCGAAAAAAGAAAGUUUCACGACAAUUAGUAGAAUUGGAAGUUUUGCAACAGGUAAUUCUUUGCUUUCAUGGAAUUGUUGACACUGAUGAAGGAAUGGUUUCGUUCAUUCAACACGCAGAUGUUAUUAAACAUCUUUUAAUGAUUUGUGACUUUGAAGCAUUCCUCAAAGAAAUGGUGGAGUACUCAAACUUUAUCAGUGACAACUCUCAAAACAACGAGACGGUAACAAGUCCUAGAGGAGCUAAACCAUUCACUCAUCUAACCAAUCAAAAUUCUAACAGUUCAUCCACCUCCACCUCAACAGCUGACAACCAUACAGAGGGGUCAAGUUCAGAUGAAGAACCUGAAGCUGACUUACCCUCUACCAUAACCAACAAUCAGGUGUUGACCUCCCCAAGAAGAAAAAUGACCAAGACACUGAAAGGUCUUGUCAAUGAAUUAAUCAUUCAAAAAUGCAAUCUUAGAUCAAAGAUUCUACUGUUACUUUCUGUAAUAACUUAUUUUCCUGGGGAAAAUGGUUUUUGGGUGACAUUAGAAUGUGUCAACAGUUACAAGCUGAUGAAGAAUGAAAAGCAUAGAUUCCAAGAAAUUAUCACAUGUUUAGAGUCAACUUUUUAUCACGAACAAGAGCUAUCUGGUCACAUGUUGAUGUUCAUCAAUGCCUUCUUGUACGGGACCAAAAAUUCAAGUUUUGCUAGCCAUCUCUACAGAGAGUUUACAAACAUUGGACUCAAGCAAUUCAUCAAAACAAAUUCAGAAAAGCAAGGAGAAAUUACAAAUUCCAAACUGGCUAAUCAGUGCAAAAUGUUUUUAGAUUUCGAAGAGGCUGAACGACAGCUAUUCCAACGUGUUUUUAAGGGAGACAAUCAAAUUUCCAAACAAGAUGAGGAGUUAUGGCUCUCAAUUUCUGACCCAAUCGAGAUGGUGCAAGUUAUGAAAAUGCGAUUGGGUGAAUCCGUAGAGGCAAACAGCUCCAUGAUCAAUACUCUCAAGUUACUUCUUCUCGUAUCCAUGCACAAAAAUAAGGAUAAACUUGACAGCAAUUGGGAUGUGAUCGAAAAGAUCAUUUCACAAACAAUUUCUCCUUCAGGAGACGUUCAAGAAAAGAGUGGAGGAGGUGGCGACCGGUUAGAAACUGUGAAAUUACAAGCACUUGUCGACUCGCAACGAGAACAAAUUCAAAAAUUUGAAAAAGAAAAAUCUAAAGCCAUGAAUAUCCUCGACCAACUUUCAGACAUUACCCUCAACAAUAAGCAAAACGCCAUUCUCACAGUCGAUCAAUUAGAUUCAUCUCAGCAACAAGAAUAUCCUCUGCUUCACAAAUUAAUUCAAUUCUCCACAAAUCCCUUAUCAGAAAAAUUUGCUUUCAACAUUGAAGCAAAACCUCUCGAGAUUGCAGCCACCAGUUCUGACAUGUCAAACAUACCUCCUCCACCUGGUAUGGGAGGAAAUAUUCCUCCUCCUCCAGGAAUGGGUGGAGAUGCUGGUAACAUUCCUCGUCCACCUGGUAUGGGAGGCAAUAUCCCUCCUCCUCCAGGAAUGAAUGGCAUACCUCCUCCUCCAGGUAUGGGAGGUGUACCACCCCCUCCAGGUAUGGGUGGAGUACCUCCUCCUCCAGGAAUGGGUGGAGUACCACCUCCUCCAGGUGGCGGUAUCUUUGGCAUGUUCCAAACCAAGCUUCCAAAAAUUCCUGAUCUGAAAGCAAGUACUGAUACCAGGAAAAUUCACAUUGCUGGUGACAAGAUAAAUAACAAGGAAAUUGAAAAGACGGGUUGGUUCAAAUUAUUGGAAACUCAUGCUACUUCUGCUGCAGCGUUAUUAGACACUCGGCUGUUUGAGAAUAACUUUUUAAAGAAGGAAACAAGAGACGCACCAACUGGAACGGAUCCUAGCGCUCCUGCUCUUGUGACAUUUUUGGAUGCAAAAGUUGGCUAUCAAUUGUCACUGUUGUUGGGUUACUUAAAAAAGAGUGAACGAGAAAUUAGAACGUGCAUUAUUGAGUUGAAUGAAAAAGAAUUGCAAAAACAAACCAUUCACGCUCUGAAAGAUUUAUGCCCUGACGAUGAAAAGUUUAAAGAAAUUGAAGGAUUUGUUCAAAAAGGAGAUGGAUAUUUGGAACAAUUGGAACCUGGUGACAAACUAUUUUACUAUCUGAAAGAUAUUCCAAGACUCAAACAACGAUUUACUGCUUGGUCUGCGCAAAUUUACUUUGAAGGAUCGGUGAGGACCGUUGAACCAGACAUUCAAUCAUGUAUUAACGCAUGCAAAGGAGUGAUGGAAUGUAAGAGCUUCCAAAAGAUUCUUGCAUUUAUUGUGAUUCUUGUAAACUUCUUGAAUAAGGCCAAGACAGAGAAGGACAAAGUGUUUGGAUUCAAGCUUAACUUUUUGACAAAACUUGGAGACAUCAAAUCGUCAAGUGAUCCUAAUCGAUCAGUUAUGAAUUAUUUGUGUGAAUUAAUGCUCGUAAAAGAAGACAAAUUAAUCCCUACCAUGCUCAAAGAAAUUGCAGAUUAUUGUGAAAUUGGAAGUAGAAUUGAAGUUCCAGAGCUCAAGAAGGAAAUUUCAAAAUUAGGUGAGUCCUUAAAGAUCAUCAGUGCAGAGCUUGAUUAUUACAAGAAGGAGAAGAAAUUUGUACAUGAUCGAUUUCCUGCUCAACUCGAAGAAUUUUAUCAACAAGCCAAAAUUGAAAUGGACAAAAUUACCAAAGCUCAAGAAAAGUUGGAGAAAACUCUCAAAGAUCUUGCUGUAUUCUUUGGAGAAAAAGAAAAGGAAAUUUGUGAAACACCUCAUCUCUUCUUUUCGAGCGUAUCGACCUUCUUGAAGCAAGUAGAAGUAACAUUCACCAAAAUUAAAGAAGAAAAAGAAAAACAAAAGGAUGCUCAACUUAAGAAGGAGCUCAAGAACUUUCUUCAAAACCGAAGGACAGAAGGAAAUAUGGCCAUACUUUCAGCAGUGGCCAAUGGAGAUAUUAGAAAAUAA